UUCCCCUCUCUGUGCUCUUUACUGAGUUCAGUGUAAAGUGACAUUAGGGCUAGACAGGAGGUGGCCGUGCUUUCUCCGGGAUUUAUCAAUUCAUAUCAUGGAUUUUAACUAUAUAUAAGUUGAAUGGAAUUAUUAUAUUUCAUAGGAAACACGAAAGGAAGCGAGAAACUGGAACCCACACAAGAGACCACUUCUUCUAACACGGUGCUAUGAGUGUCCGACAGACGGCAGCGGAUCUGGAACCCGUUCGUAGUCCUUUCCUGCACGUGCUAUGGGUUGUUUUAAGAAAUGAACUCUAACUUAUAUACGGCCUCAAAGAAGUUUUGUUUGCAUGUUUUGACGUAUUUUCUGGUUCUGAACCUCCUGAUUUCCCUGGGAACCGCGGCUCCCGCUCAUUCCGAUCUAAGUGGAAUUACUCCUGGGCAAGGACGGACCGAGGUGAUUCAAAAAAAGAUGUUUCUUAGAACCAAAAGCCAAAGAGCUUUGGAAAUCUUGAAAGACGGGACGGUGCAGGGAACAGCAUGUGGUCAUAAUACACAGUAUUCACUUCUCCAAUCGGGAUCUCAUAACCUUGCUAACACGGUGUAUGGUGUUGCCGCCGGAAGAUACCUCUGUGUGGCCCCAGAUGGCGUUGUCUACAGUCUCCCGAAGGACGAGUUUAACGAGGUGGACUGUGUGUUUAACGAGACAGUGGAAUACGAGACAGCCGGAAACAAAACCCAUCCUAAAGCCCUGGAAUAUUCCAGGUACAGACACAAAACACACGGGAUCCGCCUGGGCAAACCUGGAAAACUUCGGAAAUAUCAGCUCGCGUUAGUGUGCAAUAAUGCAGUGACUAUCAGUAUGAAACGACACAGGAGAAAGUAUAUGAACGAAACGCUAUUUCUUGUUGAAAAAACAGACAAAGAACUAGAUAGUCUGAAAGAAAGUUGUGAUGAACCGUCAAAAUCGGACCUUAUUUGUGCGAAGAAGAAGUGUUCCGAAAAACUCAAAAAGAAAAACCAAUCUGGGCGGAGCUACGUCAAAUUUUGUAGAAAAGUUUUGAAGAACUUUUUUAGCGCCACUCUAAGACAGUUGAGACUUUUCAGAAAACGGGACUGUUACUCCGUUUUAAAAGCAUACAAAGAUUGUCAAAAUGACAGGCAACGGAACCGACCCUCAUGAGGAGAAGCAAGUCUUUCAUACAGGAUUUAGAUCUGAGUUUCCACUUUCUGGAAACAUUUACAACUAGUCUAUGAAGCAGCUACUUGCAGACGGUAAAUAGCAGGUGACGUCAAGAUUCCGGAGGGCUACGAUGUCUGUGAUGUUACAGGAAGCCCCACACGGAGACGAAGAACGCGACUGGUGUAAAAGAUGACUUUCUGCAAUUUGACAUGUAGUUUGGGAGAACUUUAUCAUCUCAUUCACCAAUUGUCUUUAUUUUUUCAAAUCUUGUGCAUUUCCCUCCACUUUGUUCACUUUUUGCAAUAAGGUACAUUGAUUGUGAUUGGUGGUCUAAUUCACGCGGUGCUCUCAGGGCGAUGUUGUAUGUAGCGUAAUGGCGUUUUCUGAUCUGUUUUCACUCAUUAUGUCACUUCAAAAGUGCAAUAAGAUAUUAUAAGACAUAUUUUUGGAGUGCAGCGGACGGGGGUAGGAACGAAGGGUAAUGAGAGAAUGUGAGAAAGAUUUUUUGGAGAGAAAAAGAGCGAGGGAGCGAC